CACAACAAGCCGUGCAAAUCGUGAGACACCUGAUCGUCGUCGAGUGUCUGAUUCACUAGUAAAUAUAGAGUGUCGUUUUACGAAUAGAUAGUUUGAAAGCCUUUGUUUAUUGAAAGCUUCGCACGAAAAAAUGGCAAAUUUUGACCAGCUGGAAAUUCCAGCCCCAUUAAAGCCUAUCCAGCCUUAUCUGAAGACUGGCAAAAAUUACCAAGCCAAAGACAUCGUUGUCAGUUACUGGUGCCGCCUUUAUGCAUUACAAACUGGAUUAAAGUUAUCCACUAAAACCAGUGAGGAAACGACGUUUCUUCUGAGUGUGAUGGACUGGCUCGAAGGAGUCAAAAAAUCCAACUCCGACAAUGAAUCCAUUACAAAUGAGAUUGCUGCACAGGCGUACAUAGAGAACUGGGCAUACAAGCUUUUCACUACUGCCAAUACAAGUGACAGAGCUUCCAAAUUCUCAAUGAGCCUUGUACUUAGCUAUUAUACCGCUGGUCUACUGUACGAUGUCCUAACAACUUUUGGAGAGCUAACAGAAGAAAAUACAACGAAUCGAAAGUUUGCCCAGUGGAGAGCAACGUAUAUUAAUAAUUGUUUAAAGAAUGGAGAAACUCCUGAACCUCCUCCAGUUAACGAUGAUGAUAAUACCAAUGAAAGUAUUAUAGAUAGUAAUAAUGCAGACAAUGAAGAUAAUCAGGCAUAUGAAAGUGAUGAUGAAGUACUUGGUUCAUCCUCAACUCCUGCACAACCUAUGCAACCGUUGAUGCCUACGAUGCCCAAUGUGCCUCCAUUACCAUCAACACCGCCACAUCCUACACCACCAACAAAUAUAGGGGCACCCUUCCAGUUUCCAUCGCCACCAGUACCUCAACAGCCGCAAGUGAGUCCAGCACCGGCACCGAGAAAUCCCGCCCCCACCAGUAGCGUAUCUUCGGAUACUGGAGUGGAACUGUCGCUGGAACAAUCGACCAAAGCCAAAAAGUACAUCAAGUGGGCUGGCAGCGCAUUGGAUUACGACGACGUGCGCACCGCAAUUUUGAAUUUGGAGAAAGCUCUGACUCUCUUGAAAACUGGCGUUGAUCCUGCUUAAUGUUCAUAAUGAUGAUAAUGAUAAUUUUCUAUGAGUCCCAUCACACACAGAUAGUAACUAUUAAUUAUUAAAACCAAUAGUUAUUUUGUUCCACUGCAAGUCGACACGCUACGAUACUCUUUGACGGUAUAUUCCGCGCUAAUAAUUAAAAAUAUAUGCAUAUAUUUUGUACAUAAAUUUUAAUGAUGUUUGUAUAAUAAGUUUGACAUAGAAUAAAAGAAAAUUAUAUAUGCUUCGAGAUUUUACGAAAAAGACAUGUUUUAAUGAUAAA